AUGGACACAUGGUGCGUUCAGCCCAUGCUAUAUGGCAAGAAGCCCGAGGGUCAGCCCGCAAGCAACCCCAAGGCGUCAGCCGCUACAGCCAGCUUCGUCGCUGGCGGGCUGAUCUUCAUCAUGCACCACCACCAUUACACCAACGAUAUCAUGGGAUGGGCCGGCGAGAUGCACCAAUUGGCGAACAAUUGUGCCUCUAUCUGGAAAUCGUCCGAGGACAUUCCAGAGCCUCCCUUUCCGCUUGGGCCCCGGCCUGCCUGGAUCUAUCCAGGAUCACCGUCGCUGACCCUCCGGAGGAGUAGCGUGUCGACAGACCUGUGUCGCCCUUACGCCACCCUGACCACAAGACUGCUGAAGAAGCUGACAAGUUCUGAGGACGGGAACUGGAUCUUUAGCUAUGACGCAUACAUGGGCUACAUCUGGCGUGUGCUAUCAAAGCAUCGAGCCCGCCUCUCCAAGCUGGAUCUCAAGCAGAAUUUGCUAUGGGUUGAAGCGGUUGAUAUGCGCAGGCGCUUCCAUGAGCCCCGAGUGCCAGCCCGUAUUCAAGGCAACGUUGUCUGGGUAGUGCUUACUGUCAGCUAUCACGGGUACCCCCGAUAUAGGUGCAUCCGCCAGCUCACAAACGACGCCACGCAGGACGCAGUCAGUGCAAGACUCGCUGCUAUUGCCCCUAUCCGCGAUAAUACGACCCUCCUCCAUCGAACUGACAGCUUGCCGCCCAUGAGCAACAUUACAACGGGUUGGCGAGAUACGGCGCCCGGUGACGCCGACUUUGGCUUUGCUACACCCUGCGCCUUCCAUUCCCCCUUUAACACCGCCACCGCCGGUUUCACCAUUGUGUAUCAGGCCCGGAAGAAUGGCCCCGCUGGUGAUGACAAGGGCAAUAAGCUCAGCAUCGGGUUCGAGAAGGAGCUCGCAAAGGAUCCGAUUGAGGACGCCGAGUGGAACAAGUUCUUUGAGUUCAGAGAUAUGCAGCAUUAA